UGUAGCGUGUAGUUUUGGCCGCAAACAACAUUUUCUCUGUGGGAAUUCCUCCAAACAACAACCAAUUUGAUUCGUAUACCGCUAACAAUGCGUCGUGAAAGAUUACAUCAAAGGUUUAUUAUCACGAAUAUUAUUGCUGAAACAACGUCAAAAUGAUAUCACCUGAAACGAAAUAUUUUUUUCUCGUGGUUUUAUUCGCAAACAUAAAUGUUGCUGAAUGUCAACAGAAGAGAAAGGUUCUAGCAAGUUGUGGUCUUAGUGUCAAGCCAGUUGCAGUAUUUCCAUUGGAUGGUGAAUAUGGUGGAGAAGAAGCCAUUCAUAAUGACAUCAAAGCAAAACUUACCGGAGUAUCCACCAUCCAAGGGCCUGACGGGAAACAAGAUGGCGGUUACAUGCUGCACGGUAAACCUGGGUCUUACAUUGAAAUCCCCAACAGUGAACGAGGGAAACUGGACAUUAGCAAGUCAAUUAGUAUACUAGCUUUCAUUCGACCAAUCACAGCCAAUCUUGGACCAAUUCUUAAUUACAAACCCGAUGGACAUGGUGUCCAGGUAUGGACUAACGGACGACAGAACGGCAAAGGUAUACUAACUGCUCGAUUCAACAAGAGAACCCUCAGUCUAUCGAAAUUUGUAUCUAAAAACGUACUGAACCUAAAUCAAUGGAAUUUUAUUGGUGCAACCUAUGAUUACAACACCGACAUAGCAUCCCUGUGGCACGACGGUCGAGAGGUGCUGAGUACUAAGUUAAAUUCAUACAAUAACUAUGAGUUGGCUACUCAGUUUCCGAUAAGACUCGGUGCGUUGUCAGUAAGCGGUCUUGGUGCGUAUCAAGGAGGGAUAUCGUGUUUACAGUUGUACUCAACGGUAUUGACAGGUGAACAGAUCAAGGCUGCUAUGCAGGCAUGUAUAUCAGCCUCACCCGUGACAUCUUUGUCAGUGAACGUCAUCCCGCCAUCACUUAGAGUCGAAGUCAACCAAUCCCUAUUCUUGUCUGGUUUCACUCAAGAUGGUGGAAUGAACGGUAUUUUCACAUUUAACUUCGGUGAUGGAAGGGUUAUUACUCCAAAUAGCAACACCGCAGCUCAUGUCUACCGCACAGCAGGACAAUACAUCAUUGUUGUCAUAGUAACAGACCGCUGUAAACUUGGUACGCCGAUUCAGAAAGAAUUGAAAGUAAUAGUAACGAACAUCGUUCAAAGACUUCAAGGUUUGGCUUUAAAGUCGAUCCCAACCUCCCCUGGUCAUAACGCGGUCAUAACGUUGAACUUCCCUUCUGUCAGUAGUUUCAAUUGCUCUGUCGAGUUUGAAGAUGGACAGAAACAGUUUAUUUCAAGUCCUUUAUUCCAAGCAGUCGAUUCUGUUAAUGUAUCGUAUGUGUACAGUACAGAUGGGUUGUACAAUGUCUCCGCGGUCUGCUGGAAUCGUAUUAAUUCGUGUAAUGAUUCUACAGUCAUUUCAGUCCAGUACGCAAUCCAGGGGUUUGCUAUUCAACCAGUAAAACCCUCACCAACAAGAAACGGUGAAAAUGUUACUGUACAGUGGUCUAUAUCUCAGGGUAGUGGUGUUAAAUAUCAAGCCACUGUCAACACUAAUGUUAGCAUCAAUGUCGUGACGUCAUCUGAUACAAAACAAGGCCGUUCAAUUAUCACGGCAAAGGAUUAUGGGACUGUAGGACGUCAUUCAGUUACCAUAACAGCAGGUAAUGCUGUCACUCGUCCUCUCAAGGUGGAUGGCUCAUUUGAAGUGAUGCAUCCAGUAUCGGCAUUCAAUGUAACUCUGUCGAGUAACAUCGGUCACUUCAUGGCUAAGAAACCAAUGAACAUCACUAUUACAGCUAUUAGGCAUGAUCUGUACGACUCUCCGCUGUACACAAUUGACUUCGGAGAGAUGAGCCCGCCAUUGAUAACAAAAGCAACAGCGGUGACAUACAGUUAUGCGCGUCAUGGUUGCUAUGUUGUCAACGUUACUGGGUCCAAUGCAGUGUCCAGUCUCUCUGUUCUCCGACCAGUUUGUAUCGAGCAACAAAUGGAUACUUUGAGAGGACUGCAUGUUCACUCGAAUCCAGCCAAAGUCGACGAGAAUAUUUCUAUACGUUUAAAUCUCAACAAUGGUUCUCAUUUUAGCUGCAUUGUUCGUUUCUCUGAUGGAGUCGAGAUAUCAACUGGACAAAAACAGACACUAGAUGUCCGCGUUCAGCGAAACUUUUCAAAGCCUGGGGUCUAUGACGUCACAGCCGAGUGCUGGAAUAAGAUAAGUCAUUCAAGGGCAAAUGGUAGAGUCAUUGUACAACACGCUGUCCAAGGCUUUGUGUUACACCCCAUAAAACCUGUAGUAUUCGGAAGAAAUAUUACCAUUAGUUGGAGCGUCACACAAGGCAGCAACAUCACAUUUAAUGCCAGUUUUAUGUCACGCAAUCUUGAUUUUAUUACUGAUGGAAAUAUGAGCAUGGCUGUUGUAACAGCUGAUCAAUAUGACGAAGAAGGACUAUAUAGCGUGACUGUCACGGCACGUAAUAAAGUCACGCAUCCCGUCACACUUAAAGAAAGGUUUUCAAUUGAAAAGUUUCUAUSYGGGGUGAAGGUCACGUUAAUGUACACUGAGAACAAUGUGGAACACAGUGGACUUGGAAAAACCAAAACGUACUUUCCUAUUGGGUUCCCUGUGUCGGUAAGAACAGGCUUGGUAUCACAUUCCAAGUACGCCUAUUACAAUUAUAGUCUUGAUGGAGUUCCCAUGGACUCAUGGAAGAACAAAAAGGUCUUUAACUUGCCACCGUUGAAUGUCGGGAUGCAUAAUAUCAGUGUUACCAUAGUGAAUAAUGUCAGCGGUAUCAACCAUAGAGUACAGGUGUUUUUCCAAGAGAGAAUUAAGUUUCUUGAUCGCACUCUGCUAUGUUCUUCUCCUGUUGUUAUUGGUGACAAGGCUAGGAUUCGUCUCAGCGUCGGCGCAGUUCCUCUUGACUCGUGUUUGUUUGUUCACGUGUCCAAUGAUACAACAUAUCAUUAUGGUAACAGUCACUGCGGCCAAUUGACAAGCAAUACAUCGUCAAUAUCAAAUGACGUCAGUGAUAUUCCUUCAUACAUAGAUCUUUAUCAUGUUAUGGCAUACGCUGGUAAGACUGUAGUCAGAGUGCAACUAGGUAAUAUAGUUUCCAUGGAUACGUUAACGUGUGAUGUUGAGGUACUAUUAAUCGCAUGUACAUAUCCUGCUAUCAGUCUUGAACAUAUCAGCAGGCAGCCAUCUUUACCUAGGAUCAUUAAACGGUCAGAGUCUUUAGAUGUUCACUCAGAGAUCAACGUAUUUUGUCCUGCUUCUGAGGGAACUCUAUUUGAUUGGAAGAUUUACCAAUUUAACGAGAAAACAAAUACUUCCCAAGUCAUGAACCACACCGGUUCAAGGCUACCUUCAUUUCGUAUUGAAAAAAGAAGUCUUUGGUUUGAACUGUAUCGUGUAAGUCUAACAGUGCGCAUGUCCAACCCAUCUCUUCAGGAGUACAUGUCUGAAGCAUCUGGAUAUGUUAGGAUCGUCCCGUCUGAUCUCGUGGCUAAAAUCAACGGUGGAACAACACUAAGGAGGGGAAUUGGUCCUGAUAUAAAUAUCGAUGGCUCUUCAUCCUAUGACCCGGAUGUAGGGCAGAACCAUCUUUCAGGGAUUACUUUCCUGUGGUUGUGCCGUAAAGCUGGCGCCUCGUUCCCAGCUCACCUCAUCAACCUGACAAGURACUUCGUCGUAUCCGACCUCCUGAAAACCACAASUAACAACAAUGGCGCAUGCUACUCUACAAAUGGAUUUAUAAUCAGUCACAAUUUCUCAACGUUUGCUUUAAAGACCAGCAAACUCGGAUUGGAGAAAUAUGCGAUAAAGUUGGUUAUUCGAAAAGGAAGUCGAGUCAGUAGCGCUGAGCAAACCAUUGAGAUUGUUGAAGGAGAGCCGCCUUCUGUUGAUAUUAUAUGCGCAGAAAAUUGCAGAGAGAAGGUGAAUCCUUCAGAACGUCUUUCUCUACAAGCCAAGUGUAACGGUGCAGGGUGUUGGGGUGACCUGCUCUACGAUUGGACUUUGUACAUCUUAUCAGGAUCAAACACGUGGACAGCACGUGAUUACAAUAGCAGCCUAGCAACGUCUAAACAAGGCUCACCAAUAACAAUAAUAGGCAAGAAUACUUUAGAGGGUGGUCGGCAAUAUCGAAUUGAAGUUACCGCAUCAAGGAAAAUUGGACCGAAAGGUCUGGCUUCUGAAGUCUUUAUUGUUAACAGUCCACCGUUUGGCGGGAAAUGUGACGUGUCACCACGUGUUGGUCACGUGCUUAUGACCAAAUUUUACUUUCGAUGCAGUGAUUGGAAAGACGCGGAUGAGCCUUUGAGUUAUCAAUUUUUGUUUUCAAGUGAUGGUAGUUCCAAGACCCUUCUCUACUAUGGAGCUAAGGCUGAGAUUCGAGAGGGUUUGCCACUUGGUUCUUCGUCUGUAAACUAUACACAGGACAUAGAAAUCAGAAUAACAGACAGACUUGGUGCAAAAACCAACUUUUAUUUAAGUGUAGAGUCACGUCCCCCUCAUCAAGACAGUUCUCAAGUCAUGGACGAGAUCACUAGUAUGACAUCAGGCAAUAACAGUGUACUUGACACGUUAAGGAAAUCAGGCCAGGCACAAGCUGUUACUCUAACUAUUAACACGAUCAGCUCUUUACUAAACACACCAACCAAUGGCAGUCAAGAUAGUAAAGAACUACAGAAAAAAACACAGGCUCGAAGUAAAAUGAUUGGAAGUUUGAGCGAAAUCAAGUCAACAAACAUGGAAUCCCUAGUACAAGUAACCUCCGCCAUGACACAAGCUACUCAAGUCAAAGAUGAAGUUGAUUCUCAAGCACAAGUGACGUCAGCAGAUACUCUUAGUCACGUGGGUCAGAUGCUUGGUAGCAAUGACGAUGAUGAUGUAGGUUUUGACUCCAUGGAAAGCAGUGCUGAUAGUUUCUUCUCUGCUUUUGGUAAUGUAGUUGGAAUGGUGUCCUCUUCAGCUGCACAAUCUUCUAAGCCAACUGAAAAAAAUAGUUCUAUCGCUCCUGUAAGCAAUGCUGAUAAGGCGAAAUCCUCUGCCAAGUCAUUGAUUGGUUCAAUGUCUGGUGUAGCAAAAAGUCUUCUCAAACGCAAACUCCCUCAAGAACAAGCGACCACGUUUGUUAAGCCGAGCAUGCGCGCUAGUCUAAAACGAACAAGUGUCGAAGACAUGGACAGCGACGACCUGGCACUAGGAAGUGAGGGGAAGUUUGUUGCUUCUAUCGGCAAAGACCUAAUGAACAUGAAUUUAGUGGACGGGAAAACAUCGCUUGAUCAAGAGGCUUUUACAUUCAAAGACAACAUAUAUUCAUGGGAUAAAUCGUCGUCCGAUGUCACAAGUCCUGUGUUAAGUUUAUCGUACUCUGUAAAUGGUAAACCUCUAGCUGUCAAUGGUUUGUCAAACCCUGUACAGUUCAUCAUGGAAAGAAAACAACCUCUACCAGACCAAGAAAUCUUUGUCUUGACAAUAGGUCGUGUGAACUACCAUCGGCUAGUUGUUCCUACUAAAGAUGACUCAUUUUCAAUCGAGGUGUCCCCGCUUAACUGCAGCUAUUCACUGAACAUUACAAUGAGUCGUACAGUCAAACCAACGUCUUCUGAAUACGAUCGGGUCAAACAGAUCAAUCCAACAAUAUCUACAGAAAACUCUUCACGAUGUCUAUACAAUGAAGGGGGAAAUGUUUUAUUUAUAUCCAAUGGAAAUCUUUCUUCUGGUGUGUAUUAUGUGGGUAUAUCUACACAUGUCCCGGAUUCUCCACCAAAUGCCACAUUAAAGUACUCUAUGAGAGUCUAUGCGUCUAAGUGUUUAUAUUGGAGUGAGGAAGAUGAACGUUGGAAAGGAGAUGGUUGUAUGGGAGGACCGCUGACAAACAGCACACACAUCCAGUGCCUAGCAACCCAUCUGACGUCGUUUGGAUCAGGAAUGUUUGCUGCACCUAACCCUAUUGACUUCAGUCGGGUAUUGGUUGGGUUUAAAGAGGCUUUCGAGACAGGUAAUGUUGUGGUGCUUUUCACAGUCUUGGGACUGUUUCUUGUUUAUUCGUUACUCGCUAUUUGGGCUCGACGGACGGAUAACAAGGACACCAAUCAGCUUACGUCAAUUCUUCUUCCACCAAUCAAAGACACUUAUAAUUACACCUAUGAAAUCACCAUUGUAACGGGAAGCCGUAGAUAUGCCGGCUCUACGGCAAAUGUAUUCUGUGAUAUUCAUGGAGAAAGAGCCACGACAGGCGCAUAUCCGCUGCUGGUACCAAAUAACAAGGGAUUCCCACGAAGGAGCUUUAGAACGUUUAUCAUUUCAGCACCAUCGAGUAUUGGUGCCAUUACAGGAAUCAGGAUCUGGCAUGAUUGCUCUGGUAAUAGUCCGUCAUGGUUUUUGAGAAAGAUUCUGUUGAGAGACACACAAACUGAAGAAGAAUGGCUGUUCGCGGCAGAUGUGUGGCUAGGUUUAGACGUUGGAAAUGGUGAAGUUGAAGCUUUUCUCAAGCCAAACACUGUCGAAGAUCUCUCUGAGUUCAACGUCAUGUUCAACGACAAGAUUCGUAAAGAAAUUUGUGACAAGCACCUAUGGUUUUCACUGAUACUCAGGCCACAAUGCAGCCCCUUUACAAGACUGCAACGUCUAUCAUGUUGUCUAUCGUUUCUUUGUACCACUAUGAUAGCAAGCGCCAUGUUCUACGGCGUCGGACCGCAACCUGGCGACACAUCCGGGAACUUUCAUGUUGGUCCGCUGACCAUGAAUCUCAGGACAAUAAUUAUAGCAAUUCAAAGUGCUUUUGUGGUGGUUCCAGUGAAUGUGGUGAUUGUUGCCUGCUUUAGAUUGUCGGCUCCUGUGCCAGAACAACACGAAGAAAACAGGCGAAGGUUCUUCAGACGUUGUCUUCCAUCAUGUAGAUGUCGUUCUUGUCGAGAUGGCAGUGCGCAUGACUUUCGGGAAGACGAGCGCAAUAAUAAACAUAAACUGGAAAAGGCGCGAAAACAGAGUGCACUUGACUUGGACGACGUAGAAAUAGAGAUUAAUAAGAGUAUUUCUCAAAAGCAAGAUGGUCAUCGUAAGGUUAAUGUUGAUAGUGAACCAGACAAAACGGAGAAAGACGAAGACAGUCAAGAUGUAACUAAGACAAGCAAAGAUAAUGCGCAAUAUAAAACAGAUAAAGAAAUAAACGAACAAGAUGAAAAUAACCAAGACCAGAAAACGAACAAGCAAGACGAAGCAGUCAACGAAAAUGACGAAACAAACGACGAGAAAGACAACGAAAACAAAAAGUGCAAGUGUUGCUCCUGUUUUUAUCGACUAAAAGCUGUGGGGUUACCGUUCUGGGUCGUGUACAUUGGUUGGUUUCUUUGUAUAACAGCGUCGUUAAUCUCUGGUCUGUUUGUCAUAUUCUAUUCCAUGAUGUGGGGUAAAGAGAAGUCCAACGAAUGGCUUGCAACAAUGUGCAUAUCCUUCAUACAAGAUCUUUUAGUCAGUCAACCAAUCAAAGUGUURAUUACAGCUCUGCUUUUUGCGCUYAUCGUGCGUCAAGCAAAGCAGGAGAACGAAAGGAUAAAACCGAGGAGAAUAGAAACCAUUCCAUUGGAAAACCAACCUGAUUACCACGACGAAAACUACGAUGACAGCGUUGCUCCUCUUGACCGAGCCAUUGUCAGGAAGCUUCGCAAACAGCGUGAAAAGAUAGCAGAAAUCAAAGGAAUUAUGAUCGAUAUCUGCUACUACAUCAUUAUAUUGGUAAUAGUUAGUUUACUGGGCCGGCAGUAUAGAAGUAGCCAUACAUAUCACAUUAAGAAAACCAUGGAAAAGAUGUUUGUAACACCACCAGCUGGACUUGAUCGCCCCGCUACUGCUGAGAUUAACAAUGUGAAGACCACGUGGGAUUGGAUUAACCACACACUGAUUGGUGGAUUGAAUGAUGACAUAUCACGUGAUUAYAGUACUGGUCUGAAUAACAUAGGCAUGAGAGUAUUGCAUGCCAGGCUGAGACAAAAGCGAUUAAAACCAGGUGACUGCAAAAUGUUUUCUUUGGAAUGCAAAGUUUACUAUUCAAGUGAGCAAGAAGACAAAGGUUACCAUGACAUCAGAUGGACAAAAUCAUCUAAUGACCGUUACCAUGACUCCCCUUGGCAGUACAGCACUCCAAGGCAAGCAAACCACAGUCUUUCGGUCAGCGGUAUUUAUGUUGACUAUAGCGGAGGAGGGUUUAACGCUCUCCUUAAAAACACCACUGAGGGCUCAAGAUAUGUCAUCAACCAACUGGCUAAAUCGUCAUGGAUCGAUAAUUCAACUCGUGUGGUCUUUGCUGAAUUCAACUUGUACAGCGCCAAUACUGACUUAAUCACGUCAGUCACUGUUAUAUUUGAAAUGCCGUCAUACGGGGGAGUUGUGUCUAGUAUUAGAGUUGUGUCGUUUAAGAUGCCCAGCCAGUCCGUAAUGACGAGUGUUAUCGAGGGCGUUGCCUUUCUCUUCCUUGCGUUUAUGAUGUUUCGUACUAUUAUGGUUGUGUUCUAUCAGAAGUGGAAAUUCUUCUUCAAACUUGCCAACGUUUUUGACAUYGUAUUUGUCACGGUAUCUGUAGUAGUUGUGAUCUUACGCAUGCUCCUAACCAAUGCACAGGGAGCCCAACGAAACUACUAUAUGGAGUCUCCGUCAUCUUACAUUGACUUUCAUAAAUGUGCUGCUUAUGCCGACAUYGUCAGUUCUGCUUUUGCAUUCAUGUUUUUCAUCGCUGUUGCACGAUUUGGUGCAUUUAUUACGCUGUUCAACUGUAUUCAAGAGUUCACCUGUACCGUCAAGAAGUCCCUUGAACAACUGGGCAACUUUAUCCUUCUUUUAAUCCUGCUUAUCAUCGCCUAUGGCUCGUUCUUCGUCCUCGCUUUCGCUGAUCAAUGGGGUGAYUUCAGGAACUUCUCCGUCGCCAUCAGAACGUUAUUUUCGUUUAUAUURAGUAACCUGAGUGGACGUCAGUUACCYGAGCCCACGGCAUUGGCUUUGCCUGCAGUCAGUGGAUACAGUCUUACCAUGAUCUUUUUGAUGCUUAAUAUUUUCAGGGCAAUUUUAGGAGAGAAUCACAAGCAAGCUAUCGAAACGAGCAGGCARAAGAAACARGAAAACAGUCUAAGUGAAGUUGCAAAAUACAUGAUUGUUGUGCUACAACAGAUGGUAAACAAACCUAAUGUUAUCCUAGAGGUACCAAGACGAGAGAAAACAGACUCRGAACGUCGACUCAUAUCACAAACUAACUACAUUACAAACAAUCAAUCGGUUCGCAUCAACCGAUUCCUGAACGAUUUUUACGCAGAGGACUUUUAUGAAGAUAUGUUCAUUUUGGACAACGUGGAACUUAAGAGCAAAAGACAGAUACGGGACUUUUACCUGUGAUGAAGUGAAWAUUGRCCUGUCACGUGACUAAUUAUAGUUAAAAACCAGCAAAGAAUUGUGGGUAAUCCCGUAACUAUACGAAAUYAURUGACUUCAGCUWAGUUURUUAUAUUUUUAUCUCUACAACAUUUCCCCUUUUUAAAARAGGCCAGUAAAACUGUUUUGAUGUAAWUAUUUACAUCACUUUCAGACAAAAUUAUGUUUUAAUAAUACUAGAAAUGAAAGCUUGCAGUAAAGCUAUGCGUGAGAGCUUUCACAUUUCACUGCUUUUCUUAAAAAAAAUACAAUGUUGAUAAAUUAGUAAAAUAGAUGGCUCAUUUAAAACAUGUUUGCGACAUAGUCAUCAAUAUUUUAGACAGUUUGAAAAUAAAGAGUUAUCACGCUG